UUUCGAUAUCGAGAUCUAAAGUCUAUUUUAGAUCUUGCCCUCAAGUGCCGUCGUACUUCCUCAGUCUGAUGCAGAUGCAUGGACUUUCUUGUCCAUAACUUUUCUGGCUAAUUAGAUGCGUUGUUCAUUCAUUGCGUAGUGCUGAUAUCGGGCUCUUUUGUCAGCCUUGCCUUAGAUCUCGAGAGCUCCAACUUUGUUCACACCGCAACGACAAACGCAAUGCGACUCGACUUACGGAUACUAGGCCUGCCGGCUUCCAUACUGUUUCUCUUGGCCUCUCGCAUGAUAUCUACAAAUGCCGCGCAAGACGAAGAAUCUCCGGUACAAUUGCAGGGGGAUCUCCCCAUCCAAAAGCGCUUGCCUCCAGACUCCCCGCAACGCCGCAGGCAGCUCGAAGCUGUAGAAGAACAUCUACGACUUGGCAGAAGUCCAGUUGGAGUAUUAAAAAUGAGCUCUGAUGAAGGAGAGAAGUUCUACAUGGAUUACUGGCAGUUCGAAGGGGAAUUGGAGCAGAGUCAGCUGUUGAAUACUGGCAUAUCGUUGAGAGCUAGAGAUGAAGAAGAGGAGGCUCGACUGCUGGCAAAUUCGUCAGCGACUGUGUCCUUCAGACCGCCGUUCGCUUUACAUACGGAAGAGUGGUCUGAUACACUGGGUUUUGAGGAUCUGAGAGCUCGCAACGUUGUCGAUGAUCGCAGCUCUGCUGCUGUUCUUGCCAUGCUCACGAAGAGGGGUUUUCAAUGCCCGACGGGUACCGCGAACUGCACUGAUGCGGGAUUUCCAAACAGCUGCUGCCCUACCACAGAAUUUUGUUAUCAAAUUCAGGAUACGGGCCUAGGGCCAGUUGGCUGUUGUCCCAACGGGUCGGUGUGUGGAGGAACGAUCAGCCCUUGUAAUGCUCCUAACACGGCUUGUGAUGACAACAGCUUCGGAGGCGGCUGUUGCAUACCGAAUUUCGUCUGUGCUGGAAUUGGCUGCGUUAUAAAUUCAACGUUGGUUACAACGAUAGUGGUCACCCACACUUUCACAGUUUCCGCAUCAUCAACUGGAAGGAGUACUCAAACAACUACAGUAGUCAGCACGCUGACAUCUUCAACUUCGUCUUCUUCCUUGCGAAGCACUUCAACAUCCGUGACUGGCACAGCUACAGGAAGUCCUCCCGUCCGUCCAACAAGUGAUACGUUAACUUCGACGUCGACCCAGGACACAGGCCCUUGCCCAACUGGAUUCUACGGAUGCUCAGCCACGUAUGGAGGCGGGUGUUGCAGGACAUUCCGUAACUGUGAUAUAACUUCAUGCCCUGCAGGCAGUUCUACAACAAUCGUUAGUAGCGGGGUCACUCUUGUGGUUCCAGUAGGGCCAGCUGCAACCGUGAAUUCUCCGACAGGAAGCUGUGCUACAGGUUGGACGACUUGCGAUGCUUCCUUAGGCGGUAAUUGUUGUCCUAGCAAUUUUCAGUGUGGGACAGCCACUUGCUCGUCUGCAGCCGCGACCUCGACGGCCUUUGUACAGAAAGAAAGUCCAAGUGCUGGAUUCAGUAGCCGGGGAGUCGGGGCCUUCGGUGCCAUGAUAAUGACCUUCAUGCUGGGAUUAAUUCUUGUAUAGACUUGCCUUGAACGAAUUGUAUAGAAAUGAAGCAAUAUCACGUAUGGC